AUGAAGUUCGAUAAACUUCCGUUGCUUGUCUUCGACUGCAUUCUGCCGCAAUUCGAUGGAAUUUCACUAUUUUCAUUGAUGCAAACCAAUCGGAGGUACAACGCCUUCGUCAGAAGUCACUUCCCGGCUCUCCAGAUCCCAGAAUUCCAGUACGAUGUUCUGGUCCAAGAGAAUAAGAUCACGGUGUCAAUUACUGACGAAGAACGCCAAGUCUGGGGAAUACCCCUUCUUCCAGCCACCAGUGACGCUGACCUGGAUCUUAUCCAAGAUCACCACGUCAUCGAAAAUGUCGUGGUGGACGGGAACACCCAAGACGACGGAAAAUGGUUGGAAACUGUUCGACUUGGAAAUGGUGAAGCCACCAAAGCUCGUCGUCUGGAGUUUCGAGGAGACAUCAAAGCGGAGUACCAAGCCAACUUCUUGAGUGGAAUGGACUUUCAAGUGGUGAAAAAAGUCAAGAUGCCACAUUUGGCACCUUUCUUCCUUCUCGACGAUGAGAAGAAAACUGCUCCGAUCAGAUGGAUCGUUCUGAAGCGAGAGGAGGAAGACAAGCUCCACGAGGUUACCUUGGGUCUCUUCGUUCUUCGCACCAAACAACAACUUCGUCCAGGACUCGAAAUUCAAUUCAACACAAAGGACCCAUUGCCUCUCUUCAACUGGAGCCUUGGAGACGACAUCAUCAAGAAGAACCCCACCGAAAAUGUCAGCAUCGUCCGUGUUCCAGGACUUCGUGUUUCUCUCACGAGAGACUUCAUGCGACCGGACUUCUGGCUCUUUCAGGUGGACAGACGUCGUUUUUCUCGUCGUCACUGGUGA